AUGACAUUUAAUGAUAAUAUUAAUGAUAACGAAAAUCUCAGUGAAAUUAAAAAACGCCUUCGAGGUGAACCAGUUCGUUUUGGUAAACGUAUUAGAGAACCAAUACGUUUCGUUGAUGAUGAAUAUAAGAAAAGACGACAACCGUUAGGAACGAUGCGUUUUGGUAAACGACAAUUUUCCGAAAACGACAAUUUUUUAUAUUCGCCCGAUUCCAAUGAAAACGAUGAAUUUUUUGAUGAGAUAUUAAUGAAUAAGAAAAACACUGCAACACAUCCAUUGGAUACAAUGCGUUUUGGUAAACGAAUAAUUUUUAGCGAAAUUCCAACGACAAUUUAUGAAAUGAAAGAUGCAAUUAACGAUAAGCGAGAUUCACCACUUGGAACGAUGCGUUUUGGAAAAUAA